GAAUUUUGGGUUUUUGCUGUUUCUCAAGACUGAAAGAAGAGAAAACAGAGAAACAACACAAACCCAAGUAGCGAAGAAAAAAAAAAAAAGAGAGAGAGAGUUUGUUUGAGAACUGAACCAAACACCCCAAAGAUCUUCCCUUUAUAUGCUUUUGUGAGAACCCAAAUCUUCUUCUUCUUCUUCUGGUGUUUGGAUCUGCAGUUUUACAGAUUUUGAGUACCCUUUUGUGGAUUUUGGCUUUUUUAGCUGAAAAGAUUGAAUUUUGCACAGCUUUUGCGGAAACGUUUGUUGGGUGGUUGAAGGUUGAGAAGUUUCUCGAUUGGCGUGGCUUUUGGUUCAUGCGAGUUCGAAGGGGAUUCAUAAACGAGAAUUCACCACUCUCCAGUUGGUAAUGGUUCAACAACUCAUGAAAAAUUGACUCAUGGAUCAUGAAGGCAAAAAGUUUGGAGGAGGACCAAGGGAAUUGACAGGUGCUGUGGAUCUUAUAAAUCAUUUCAAAUUACUACCCCACUAUGAGUUUUUCUGCAAGAGGCCGCUUCCUGUAUCAAUUGCAGACACACACUAUCUUCACAAUGUGGUAGGAGACACUGAAAUAAGAAAAGGAGAUGGGAUGCAAUUGGAUCAACUUAUUCAGAACACAUCUUCCAGAGAUACAAGCGCUCGUAUCCAGCCUCUUGACCUUGAAGUUCUCAGGGAAGCUUUCCAACUAAGAGAAACAUCUCCCAUUGAUUUGCCCGCUGCGGAGAAAGGGAUUCCAACUAUUGCAGGGAAAUCAAAAAGUGAGUAUAAAGACAAGGAGAAGAAACAUAAAAAGCAUAAAGACAGGGACAAGGAUAAAGACAAGGAGCAUAAGAGGCACAAGCAUCGUCAUAAAGAUCGAAGCAAAGACAAAGACAAGGACAAAAAGAAAGAUAAAAGUGGGCAUCGUGAUUCCAGUGCUGAUCACUCAAAGAAACACCAUGAAAAGAAAAGGAAGCAUGACGGAGAUGAUGAUGCUAAUGAUGUGCACAAACACAAAAAGAGUAAGCAUAAGAGCUCAAAAAUUGAUGAAUUGGGGACAAUAAAGGUUGCAGGAUAAAAUGGUUAUUCUGUUUAGUUCACUUCUUUUCCUGAAUUGGUUGUUGUCAUUUGUUGAAGUUUGGAGGGGUCUUUGACUUGACAUUAUCAGAUUUCUUGAGUGUAGCUAGUGAUCUGACUAAAGAUUGGUGAAUUCACCUGGUGAAGGAAAAAGGAUGCAGGUAAAAGUUGCUGAAGAUAAACCUUUUUUUUUUUUUGUAUAAUAACAACUAUCUUUUAUAAUUGACAGUAAUUUUCAAAACUUUGGUCUUCCUUUUCCCAGUUUUUUGGCGCACUGGAUAACUCAACAUGUAUGCAUUACUUUGAUUUAUUUUAUUUUUCUUAAAAAAGUAUUUUGUAGCUUAUAAAUUAAUUAUUUAUUAGUUUAAACUAGAGCUAGGAGCCAUCUUGUUUAGGAUAACUUAACUAUGGGGGUUGUGUGUAUCGAUAAUUUUCCCCCAUAUCAUGUAUCUAACAAUAGAAUGCCCAACGUAUUGAAUGUAUGGCUUAACGUGAACCUCAAGCAAACCCACUAUUGUGUAUAUUGAUCAGCAUCAC